AUGGCUGGUGAAAAUUGCACUCUACCAGAUGAGAUGAUUCUUCUGGGAUUCACAGAUCAUGUCCUGCUCAACUCUGCUCUCUUUGUUAUAUUUUUACUGAUCUACAUCAUUACUGUAGUAGGAAAUAUUAGCAUCAUUGUGGUUGUGAGGAUCAAUUCUCGCCUUCAAACUCCCAUGUACUAUUUCCUCAGUAAUUUGUCUUUCUUAGAUAUCUGCUACUCCACAGUUGUCACACCAAAGAUGCUGGUGAAUUUCUUGGUACAAAGAAAAACUAUUCCAUAUGCUGGAUGUAUCUUACAACUAUAUUUUUAUGCUGGUUUAGCAACUACAGAAUGCUACCUCCUGGCUGUGAUGGCUUAUGACCGAUACCUGGCAAUUUGUAACCCACUGAUGUAUACAGUCAUUAUGUCCCAAAGAAUCUGUAUCUUGUUGGUGAUUUUGUCUUAUGUGGCUGGAUUUCUCAAUUCAUCAGUACAGAUUGGGUAUGGCAUAAAAUUAUCUUGCUGCAACUCCAACAUCCUCGACCAUUUUUUCUAUUCAUAUUCUCCUAUGAAUAAAGUCUCCUGUUCAGAUAUCAGCAUCAGCCAGAUGUUGGUGUUUAUAUUUGCUGGAUUUAAUGAAAUCACUACCACAUCAGUAGUGCUAAUCUCUUAUUGUUGCAUCCUCUCUACCAUCUUCAGAAUGCACUCAGCUGAUGGCAGACAUAAGGCAUUUUCUACUUGUACUUCCCACCUGACCGCUGUCACCAUUUUCUAUGGUACCCUCCUCUUUAUGUACCUGCGACCUAGCUCCAGCCACUCAAUGGAUGAAGACAAGGUGGUAUCUGUCUUCUACAGUGUGGUGAUCCCUAUGCUUAACCCAUUAAUAUAUAGUCUAAGGAAUAAGGAGAUGAAGGAUGCCAUGAGGAGAGUGCUGGAUAGGAUAGUUUCCAAAUGA